AUGCGGACAGUAAAAAUCGCGGCCACCGUCCUCGCGGCACUCCCGCUUGUCUCGGCUUGGGUCACCCCCUAUGGAUAUCGAGCUAGUCUUGCUGACCGUCACAUCGUGGAGGAUCUGACGGUGAAGGCGACGCAGCCAGUACGUCGAGCUGAUCUUCAAUAUUUCACUGACAAGACGAGCCCCUUUUAUGUCGAUGGAGCGAAGAUCCCUGAAGUCUCCUUUGACGUCGGGGAGAGCUACGCUGGUCUGAUUCCAAUAGACGCCACGAAACCGCAAGCUGAGCAGAAGAGGACCUUUUUCUGGUUCUUUCCCACCCAGAACCCUGCCGGCAAAGACGAAAUCAUUAUCUGGCUCAAUGGAGGCCCGGGGUGCUCUUCAAUGGAAGGAUUCAUGCAGGAGAACGGCCCUUUCAUGUGGCAAUACGGAACCUACAAGCCUGUUGCCAACCCAUACUCAUGGCAUAAGCUCGCCAACGUGAUCUGGGUCGAAUAUCCUACUGGAACCGGAUUCAGCGCCGGUAAUGUCACUGCCAAGAACAAUGUUGACGCUGCUGAGGAGUUCCUUGGCUUCUGGGAGAACUUUGUAAAGACUUUCAAUCUUCAGGGUAAGAAGAUCUAUAUUACCGGAGAGAGCUAUUCAGGGAUCUACGUCCCCUACGUCGGCGCUGCCAUGCUGGACAGGAAUGACACCUCCCUCUUCAAUGUCAACGGCGCUCUCUACUACAACCCGAUCAUGCCCUACUUUGACAACUUGGGUCUUGGCCACGCAGCUUUCCCUGCUUACUUUCGAUACUGGGAGAACAUUUUCGGACUUCCCAACAGCGUCAAGGCGCAGUUGGAGAAGGACAACCAGGAGUGCAAAUUUGACGAAUACCUGAACAAACACCUGUCCUUCCCUCCUCCGGCUAUGCCUUGGCCUGCGACUCAAAAGGCCGACAAUUGCGACAUUCUCAAGCACUUCAACGACGCAAUCUACACGAUCAACCCAUGCUUCAACACGUACCACAUCAUGGACCAGUGCCCCGUUCUCUGGGACGUUUUGGGAUUCCCCCAAGUCCCCUACAGCCCUGAAGGACACACCAUCUACUUCAACAUCCCUGAAGUCCGUAAGACUGUUCAUGUCCCCCUGGACCACCCCGAAUGGGUCAUGUGCAAGGGCCCCGUCUUCGUUGACGGGAAGGACAACUACGACGGCGCCGAACACGAACGCAAGUUCCAGACUCUCGUCGAGCGCACGAACAACGUCCACGUCAGCUCCGGCCUGGCGGACUUCGUUGUCCAGCCCAACGUCACCGCGCUCGGCAUCCAGAGAACCACCUGGAACGGCAAGCAGGGUUUCCAGACGCGGCCUUCGACAGAGUUCGUCAUCCCACCCGUCGUCAACGACGAGUCCAACAUUCCUUCGUGGGCCGGGGCAAACGUGCAGGGAGUCGUUCACACUGAGCGCGGCCUUACGUGGUCCACUGCCAAGUUGGCCGGGCACAUGGUCCCUCAGUACAGCCCUUCCUCUUCUCUGAGGCACGUCGAGCACCUUCUCGGCCGCGUCAAGUCGCUGACGAGCGGCGAGGGCUGGUCUAUCAAGAUUUCUGCCAACUUUUCUUGGCCUUUCUGA